CUCCUUGCCUGCUUGCCAAAGCCAACACUAAACAAUUGUAACCAAACAGGAGUAAGAACAAAGAAGCUUCAUCCCAUGAUUCCCAUCUACCUUCCCAGGAACAAGUCACCACACGUAAGCCCUAUCACCAACACAACAACCAAUACACGCACAACAAACAUGAGAUUCAUUCCCCAGCUUGACUAAACCAAACUCACCAACAGCUACAACAAGAAAGGGUGCUCUCAUCCUAGCCGGCUCUUGCCGGCUGACCAAGUAGUCACCUUUGGACUUGUGACCCUACAAAACAUGAGCGGAUUGUGUCGCCUCAUCCAUUCCGCUCACAGCUUCCCCUCUUCUCGAAAGAUGGCAAUGGGCAACAGCAGAUGUCCUCUCCUCUUCCUGCUCGCCACCUCUGCGGUGGCGAUGCUUGUCGUCACAUCGGUUCCAUCGGUGUCUGCCCUGCCAUCCGGUUUCGAGGCCAUCACAUCCAAGCUCCCCAACCCAUGGUCAGCGUUCCAAAACCUCACCGGCUGUCAUUUCGGUGAGGAGAAGCAGGGCCUCGCCAAGCUCAAGGGGUACCUCUCCCACUUCGGCUACCUCCCUGAGCUGCCGUCGUCAUCUGGGUUCACCGACGCAUUCGACGUCGACCUGGAGGAAGCCAUCAAGAUGUACCAGCGCAACUUCGGCCUCAACAUCACCGGCGUGCUGGACGCGCCCACGGUGGCCCAGAUGAUGGCGCCUCGGUGCGGCGUCGCCGAUGUGAUAAACGGCACGUCCACCAUGGGGGCCUCCUCGCACGUCCACGGCCGGAACCUCUACUCCUACUUCCCGGGCUCCCCGACGUGGCCGCGCUCCAAGAAGAGCCUCAAGUACGCGAUCACGCAGACCUCCGCGACGUCCAUCGACCGAGCGACGCUGAACCUGGUGUUCGCGCGCGCGUUCGAGCGGUGGUCCGCGGCGACGACGCUCAACUUCACAAGGACCGCGUCGGCGUCGGAAGCCGACAUCACCAUCGGGUUCUUCGCAGGGGACCACGGGGAUGGAGAGGCGUUCGACGGCCCGCUGGGCACGCUGGCGCACGCCUUCUCGCCGACGGACGGGCGGUUCCACCUGGACGGGGCGGAGGAGUGGGUGGCCGGCGGCGAUGUGUCGAUCGCGUCCUCGGACGUGGCCGUGGACCUGGAGUCCGUGGCGGUGCAUGAGAUCGGGCACCUGCUCGGGCUGGGUCACUCGGCGGAGACGGGCGCCAUCAUGUACCCGACCAUCACGUCCCGCACGAGGAAGGUGCAGCUGGCAUCGGACGACGUCGUCGGGAUCCAGAGCCUGUACGGGGGCAACCCCAACUUCAAGGGCGUCGCGCCGGCGGCGACGAGCAGCCGGGACAUGGACAGCGGCGCGGGUGCGCGCUCCAGGCCGGUGAGCGCGUUGGUUGCCGUAGCCGUGGCCGCUGGGCUCGUGGUAGUAGCGUUGUAGUGAGCGGCGGUUUUUUGGCAGACCAUUUUACUUUUACCUUCUGUUGUUUUGGUUGGUAGCUAGAGUAAUUUGUUUGCCUGGGGUUAAUUCUUUUUUUUUAUUUCAGUUGACACGUGUAAUUUACUUGUUACAUACACAUGGAUUAGUACACCAAUGGUAUUCACUAUGGCCUCCAGGCCAAA